AUUGCCAUGUGUCAAGUUAUCACAUGUGUAGUAGCCUACUUGCUUUGGAGGCAAAUUGGUGACGGUUGGUUCACGGGAAAAGGAAAGCGGGUUGUUGUUGUGGGGAAGGAGAAAAAACACAAUAGAACCCAUUGAAAGACGAGGCGAAGAUCAAAAUUUGGAGGAAAAUACGAAAUAUGUUCAAGGAAAAAAGCAUCGCGAAAAGAUAAUUGGGUCUUCGAACCCUUUUUGCUCAUCGCCGACUUCCUCACUCUUCGUCUUCCUCCCACUCACUCUGCAAACAAGAUGCCCAAAACAUCCCUUAUGAAGAUUUAGCUUGGUUCCUACCCAUAUUCUUCUUCAAUUCUAGGGUUACACAAUCGCCGCUUUCUGCCUGAAGCCCUCUUCUUUCAUGAGAAAAUCCUUAAAGAGUUAUGAGUGGAAGUGGCCGAAAACACUCGUCAAAGUGGGAUUUGAGAGAAGAUUCCCACUUCGAAGCUGAUAGUGUACAAGACCAUAGUUGGCCUGGAAAAGAAUCACGACCUGGUUGGAUUUCUGCUGAAAUAGCGAGUGAUGAUGGUUCUAAGUGGUCUGGUAUGGCAACUACCAAUACCGUUUCGAAACCUACGCAAGAUUGGGGAUUGUUGUCAGAGGAGGAACCUUUACCUGGAACCAGAGCUUCGCUUAAGGAGGAUCGCCCUAAUAAAGGCUAUAAUAAAAAUAUGGACGGCACUGCUGAAUGUGAUGCUGAAGAAAGCUACGACAUGAGAAUGUCCCCUGAUCUAGAUGGACGGAGAAGUCAUGGCUCUAACCUGCCUGAUAGAAAUGAUUGGAUCGGGUCAGUGAGGGGUAGGAGUAGAAGCCGCAGUUGGAGUAGAAGCCCUCCUCAUGGUAAUAAGCGGGACUCGGGAUUUCACGAUAGAAACACAAAUAGAACACGUGUUUCUACUCAAUUGUGCAGAGAUUUUACUUCUGGAAGAUGCAGGCGAGGUAGUGGUUGUCAAUUUCUUCACCAGGACGAUCAAAAUCUGGAUGAUAGCUUGGAAAAUAGGAACAGGAAGGGGGCCCGAUCCUUUAGAUCAACUUCCCAUGAUUUUAAGGACUAUCCCAGGAGUGGAAGAUCAGCUGCUUAUUGUACUGACUUCGUGAAGGGAAGGUGUCAUAGGGGAGCCUCUUGCACGUUUUCUCACGACAGUGCAUUUCAUGAAUUAUCACGAGAUUCUCCAAAUGAUAUUAGUAGAGACAGGAAAAAUGAACGGACUAAAGAAGCGUACUUCUCACGUGGUGAGCGUGAACCUUGCAGUAGCAGUCUUGUUAUCUGUAAAUAUUUUGCUGCUGGAUCUUGUCGUAAUGGAAAAAAUUGCAAGUAUUCUCAUCAUAGCCAGUCACGUGCAAGUCCAGAGAGGAAGUCGAGUACUGAUAAAUUGGAACACGUCCAAUGUUCAGAUGGUAGGGAACAGUUGUGGGAUGGCUUAAAAUCGAGUGAAUUGGCUAGUGGUUCGGAUUUCACUCAGUUGAUUGAGGACAAAAAAGAACAAACUGCUAAUGAAGAGCCAAGAUAUACAUGGCCUUCGGAUCAAAAAUGUGAUCAUGGUUUGAAUAAUGAGAGCAAAACUCGGUGGGAUCGAGCUGUUGAUAUCAAGACAGUGCGAAGCAACAAGAAUGAUGCCAUUCCGAGCAAGGCAGAGAAUGCUGGUGGUUGCACAGGCAGUUCUGACCCUAGGGGUCACAGAAAGUGGCCAAGUGAUGAUAUGGAGAUGUCUCCUGAUUGGCACUACCCUGUGCAACCAUCCAAUCAUGUAGUGAAAGGCGAUUGCAACGUUAUGCAAGAUUCUGGCUCUCAAACUUCCACGGCUUUAGCCAUUAGCCAUGCAACAGUUCAAGAGGGUCUGGCUAAGAAUCAAGACAUUGCCAUAGAGCCCAUAGUAGUCGAUAUUACUCGUUUUCGGAAAAGCCAUACUUUAACAAAAGAUGAUACUAUUGCAUCAGCAUCCAAUGAUAACAUUACAAUUGACAGAACGGUUACUUCACAUGCUGAAGGCAAUCCUUCGGGUAAUGUUGUCCUUGGACAAAGAAUGGCAUAUCACAGUGACCAUCCCGACGGAACUGUAACGAAUCCGAAAAUUUCUGAUGGAAAUUUCAGAGUCAAACUGCAGAAGGAGGAUGAAAGCAUGCCAGGAAUUAAUUCUGGAACAACUGUUACUCCGAACAUAGUAACGAACGAUCAAAUUAGGCAAAUAACUGACCUUUCAGCUUCUCUUGCACAAUAUUUUGGAAAUGCGCAACCAUUGCCUCAAUUGUAUGCCUCCCUUAAUACGCGCAGUGUGUCAGAAGCACCUUCGUUCCCUUAUUCAGACGCGCCCAUGGGUGCUUUGGGGACAUCGAUGAAGACAGGUCCUGUUAAUGAAUCCUCAAAGCAACAUGAUUCUGCUCUCUGCAAUAGCUUACAGCUGAAGAAACUUGAAGUCACUAAAACACCACAGAAGAGCACUACAGAAGUGAAGGGUGAAGUACAGAUACCAAAUUUGCCUCUAUCAUCUGGUCCUUGUGGCAUCUCUGCUGAAGAAACUCUUCAUGGGAAGCCAACGGCUGAUGGUGAUGCUAUCAAAGAAAAGAAUGGUGAUGGCAAUAACGAGAACAAAACUGACCCAGCAACAAAUGAGGACUCUCAAAAGAUUGAUACGACAGAGAAUGCAAAUGGAAACGAUGAGGUCCAUGAUAAGAAGAAGAGUAAGGAUAUGAAGGGAAUUCGUGCUUUCAAAUUUGCACUUGUGGAGUUUGUCAAGGAACUUCUAAAACCUACAUGGAAGGAAGGUCAUAUCAGCAAAGAUGUUUAUAAAACCAUAGUCAAGAAAGUGGUGGACAAAGUCACAGGCUCCUUGCAGGAUGGUCAUAUUCCUCAAACGCAGGAGAAAAUUGAUCACUAUCUUUCGUUUUCGAAAUCAAAGCUCACAAAACUUGUUCAGGUUAUGCACAUACUCAAGAUUCAACUUGUAGCUACGAUAACAUUUUGACGGGCCAUUUUGAGACAUUUUCAUCAGGCUACAAAUGGCGUACGUGGACAGAGUUCAGAAGACGACCUGAGAAGGCGAGGUUGUCGAAGAACCGUACAAUGGACAGAGUUCAGAAGACGAACUGAGAAGGCGAGGUUAUCGAAUUAAAUUCUCGCGUUUUUCAUUUUUAAGAAUCAUCACCAUGUAUUAAUUUGUUAGAAUGCUGCUGAAUGAAAUUUGUCAUGUGUUACUAGUGUAGUGUAUCUCCCAUUAGCAGCCUUUGGAAAUUUGUUGGUCUUCUAUUUUGUGCAUUCUUCCAUCUUUUAUUGUUGAAUCAAUGGCUAUCACUUUUCAAUA